AUGGCUGCUCUUUCUGGAAAGAACUUCAAACUCGCUGACGGCAAUUCCGUCCCUGCCCCUGCCUACGGUGUUGGUACCAAGUGGUAUAAGCAUGGUAGAGACCAGAUCGAUGACAAAGUCGUUGAGGCUUUGAAGACUGCUGUGCAGAAGGGUUUCGUUCACAUUGAUGGUGCCGAGGUUUACAACACCGAUAAGGAGAUCGGUUUGGCCAUUGAGGGCCACAGAGACAACUUGUUCCUUACUGACAAGUACUUUGUGGGAGACUCCAGCUACUCCGGCAAGUCCGAGCACGGUACCCCUUACGAAUCGCUCAAGUACCACUUGAAGAACGAAUUGAAGACUGACCAUGUUGACUUGUACUUGCUUCACAGUCCUUUUGUUAAGAAGGAGUUCCAUGGCUUUACUUUGGCUGAGGCAUGGCAAUCCGUUGAGAAGCUUAAGGAUGAAGGCUUGGCCAAGUCGAUUGGUGUUUCCAACUUUGCUGUUGAAGAUCUCGAGGAGAUCUUGAAGGUGGCCAAGCACAAGCCUGUGGUGAACCAGAUCGAGUUCAAUGCUUACUUGCAGAACCAGACUCCCGGCAUUGUGGAGUUUGCUCAGAAGCACGACAUUUUGAUUGCUGCUUACAGUCCUUUGGGCCCAAUUGUCAAGGGAGAAGAAGGCGAGUUCACCGAGUUGUUGAGCAAGUUGGGUGAGAAAUACAGCAAGACUCCUGGGCAGGUCUUAUUGAGAUGGGUUGUGGAGAGAAACAUCUUGCCAGUCACCACGUCUUCUAACCCAGACAGAAUCCGUCUGUUUGUUGAGAUCUUUGACUUUAGCUUGGAGAAGGAGGAGGUUCAGAAGCUCACUGACAUUGGUGCUAAGCACAAGCCAUUGAGACAAUACUGGCGUAACGAGUAUGCUAAGUACGAUUAG